AUGCUACUUCAAAGGCACGCCGAUGCCUUACAACAAUUACCUGAUAUACUGGCGGCGAUCGCCCCUGUUGUUAGCCGCGCAACGACGACAUAUAAUGAGAGCGAGUCCAACCCUACGAUUGCUGACUAUGCAACUGCCCUCAACGGCGUUAACCAACCUCUCAACAAUCUCUUCAAAGUCAUCUUGUGGUUGGGUUUGGGCACGCUGGCCGCGCUCAUACUCGGAGCAAGAUGCGUCCAAAUUUUCGAAAUGCAUGUUAGGCAUAUGGCGGGAAUGGCAUCACAGUCGCAGGCGUACUGGGCACAAAAUCGCUGGCACUGGUGGAAGAUCAAGAAGAACAUCCUGUACGCACCCCUGGGCAGCAAACGACAUAACCGAGAAUUCAGACUUUCGUCGGCUCUCAAUAUGGGCACCCUACCCUCACGGUUCCACGCCAUACUCAUUGCGCUUUAUGUCUUGAGCAACGUUGGAUUCUGUCUUGCUCUGAAUUACUGGAGAGAGGACAAAUACUCGACCAUCGCGGAGAUGCGAGGUAGAACAGGAACACUUGCUUUGGUUAACAUGAUUGCGUUAAUCAUCCUGGCUGGCCGAAAUAACCCCUUGAUCUGGAUGCUUAGAAUUAGCUUCGACACGUACAACCUCAUUCACCGAUGGAUGGGAAGGGUGGUGGUCUUGGAGGCGGUUGUUCAUACUGCGUGCUGGGCCUACGUGAAAUAUGAAGCCACCGGCUGGCAGGGCGUCUUCCACCAGCUUGCAGUCGAUCCUUUCGCGUCUUGGGGUAUGGUUGCUACGGUCGCGAUGCUCGUGAUCUUUAUCACAGCCUUCUCUCCAAUUCGACACGCUUUCUAUGAAUCGUUCCUCGACAUUCACAUCAUCAUGGCUAUCGCGGCCAUCAUCGGCAUCUAUAUUCAUUGCGAAGUUGCUAAUCUUCCACAGCUGCCAUAUAUCAAGGUUGUUGCGAUUCUCUGGGGCAUUGAACGUGUUGCUCGUUGUCUUAGAACCAUCUACUACAACUACACAUACAAAGCAGGAUGGACGGACGUCACUAUCCAGGCUCUUCCUGGCAAGGCUUGCAAAGUCACUAUGCAUCUCCCAACACAAGCUAAAAUCAAGCCUGGAAGUCACGCCUACAUCCGCAUUUGGGGUAUCAGCGGCUGGGAAUCACAUCCCUUUUCAAUUGCUUGGUUUGAUGAUAAACCAGCCCUUCCAGGCUUGCCGACUAGCGAGAAGCAAGGACAUGCCAGGCUCAGGGACGAGAAGAUGGUUACUGAUGUCUCGUUCGUGAUUCAAGCGCAGACUGGUUUCACAAGGAAAUUAUUCAACGAAGCGAAUUAUUGUACACCUCGAGCGCUGCGACUCAAAGGCUCCAUGGAAGGCCCAUAUGGUGGGCACCACUCCCUUGACUCAUAUGGGCAUGUGGUUCUGUACGCUGGUGCCAGUGGAAUUACUCAUCAGAUUCCAUACGUUCGACAUCUGAUCAAAGGGUUCAAGGAUGGAACAGUUGCAACGAAGAAAAUUGUCCUGAUCUGGAUCAUCCGAGACCAAGAGCAUCUGUGUUGGGUAAAACAGUGGAUGGAUGUUAUUCUGUGUAUGCCGGGGAGGAAGCAAUGUGUCAACAUCAAACUCUUCAUCACUAGGCCCAAGAGUCCGAAAGAUGUUGUAUCUCCUAGCAACACAGUGCAAAUGCUUCCAGGACGGCCGAAUGUCAAGCUUAUUCUUCAGAAUGAGGUCAAGAAUCAGUGCGGUGCCAUGGCAGUCACUGUUUGCGGGCCGGGCGGACUCGCAGAUAAUGUUCGAGAAGCAGUUCGAGAUGAGCAAGAGAAUGGGAUGAUUGAUUUCAUCGAGGAGUCAUUUACAUGGUGA